UCUUGCUCAUACGCUCUCGAACAGUAUAACUCUACGCAACAAUGACGAAUGAAAGAAAUACGCAGUUAAUGUAAUCCAAUGCAAGUGUGUGUGUAGUGUCAAAUUAAAGAAAAGAAAAAAAGAUUUGUGAAAAUAUGAUACAUUCAACUAACUGCAAGUAAUUGCGAAGUGCAUCAAUUAUUAAACGUAUAAUAUAUACAUAUAUUUUUCCGCUGUUGAUCGCGCGAUGUUAACCACAACAAGAAGAAUUAAGUCGAUAUCAUAUAGAUUUUGCAAAAUGAAAUACUUCGUUUGUUGUUGCGCGUUUUUUUUGCUAUUGAGUAGCGUUAUUGCAUCAGCAGCAAAACAAACUACAGGUACAAACGCCGACUCAGCAGAAGUUGUGAGCAGUGCCGAAGAAAAAGCGGAUUGCACAGACCUUGCCCGCGACGAGGAGGCGUUGAUGGUAUUCUCCACGCUGGGUGGCGGGCUAACGGCAAUCGAUCCGAUAACAAGCGAAAUACGCUGGACAAUAGCAGAUGAUCCUCCUAUUGUGGCGGAACCGCAGCAAAAUGUACAGGUACCACAUUAUCUGCCAGAUCCUAGAGAUGGCAGUAUUUAUCAGCUUGGACAAAUGGGUAGCUUGAAGAAGCUACCCUAUACUAUACCGCAAUUGGUGGCCAAUGCGCCGUGUCGCUCAUCCGAUGGCAUUUUGUAUUCGGGUAAGAAGAGCGACACCUGGUACAUGGUCGAUCCAAAAACAGGUAGGCGUGAGAAAGUGAUGGGAUUUGGCGAUGCUCAAAUGGAUGGCAAUGACGGUGAGCACAUUGGUUGGGCCACAUCACGUGCCAUUUACUUGGGACGCACACAGUACACGGUCAUGAUGUACGACAGCCAGGCCAAGGAUAAGAAUGCCAAGCCCUGGAAUAUUACCUUUUACGACUACAAUGCGCUCAGCGCCCCGCCAGAACUAGCCAAGGAAUAUGAAUAUAUUCAUUUGACCACCACCAGCAAUGGCCACAUUGUUACCCUCGAUCGUAAGCAGGGCAAAUUUUUAUGGCAACGUGAUCUGAACAGUCCCGUUGUAGCUGCCUUUCUGCUAGGUCCCGAUGGGCUGCUAAGCGUACCAUUUACCACAGUCUCCGAUGAGGCCUAUGAUGCUAUUCUAGAGGAGUCCAAGACGGGCAAUGUUAAUACGGUUAAACUAUUUCAAUCUUUGUAUGUGGGCGAGCAUCAACGUGGCCUCUAUGCUCUUCCGUCGCUGGUAAAUAAGAAUACACCACGUAUAUCUACAACGCCGCCCAUCAAAUUGCUCGAUGGACCAGCUGUGGAGUUAAAUAAUGAACAGGGUAAUGAUCCGCGCACCGUUUACAUCAAUGACGUACUACAAGAAAAUCCGGGCAUUAUGUUGGGCCACUAUAACAUGCCCAAUGAGGUCAACAAGGGCAAUUUGCAUUUAUCUCCAACACCUUCUGCUGGCAAAGAUGUGCAAAGUUUGGCCACAAUACAUAACUACAACGAUGGUUAUGGCCUGUUGGCCAACAAUGAAAAGAAUGCUGCGGAUAUUGGUGUGCAAACAGAUCCGAACGUGGUUGAGAUUAGCAUUGAGCCAGCACGCUCGAACACCAUUAAUCGCACCAAGACCAUAAUUUUGGCCAAUAGCAACAAGGUACAGGCGUUUAUUAAUGAAUGGUUCAUGGAACAUCCCAGUGGCAAGGUUCAUCAAAUAUUGAUUGUAAUUGUCCUAGGCAUGGUUGCGCUCUUUUGGUAUACGUGUAGCACCAUGCGAGAGUUGCAGAAACAGAGCGAAAAUGGAUCCAAGACAAUGGCUCAGCAGGCCAUAAACAGCAGCACCAAUGGUAGCACUGGAAGCAAUGGCAGCAACAUCAGUACUCAGGAUCUACUUGAUCUGGGCAAUGGACAUGUACGUGUUGGCAAAAUUAGUUUCAAUUCUAAUGACGUCUUGGGCAAGGGUUGCGAGGGUACCUUCGUUUUUAAGGGCAACUUCGAGGAGCGUUUUGUGGCUGUUAAGCGUUUGCUUCCGGAAUGCUUCACCUUUGCAGAUCGCGAGGUGGCCUUACUGCGCGAAUCGGAUGCACAUGAGAAUGUGGUGCGUUACUUUUGCACAGAACAGGAUCGUCAGUUUCGUUAUAUAGCCGUUGAGCUGUGCGACGCCACUCUGCAGGAUUACACCGAGGGCGAUCGUUCGAUGGAGCUUCGUCAGCAUAUUGAUAUUUGGCAAGUUCUGGUGCAGGCAGCAGCUGGACUUAGUCAUCUACAUUCUCUAGAUAUAGUUCAUCGUGAUAUAAAACCACAGAAUGUACUUCUGUCGCUGCCCGAUCCCAAAGGCAAGGUGCGCGUUAUGAUUUCGGACUUUGGACUGUGCAAAAAGCUUAACUUUGGACGCACCAGUUUUUCGCGUCGCUCGGGCGUUACAGGCACCGAUGGCUGGAUUGCCCCAGAGAUGAUGCGUGCUCAGCGAACCACCACAGCUGUAGACAUUUUCUCGCUCGGCUGUGUUUACUACUAUGUGCUGAGCGGUGGUCAUCAUGCUUUUGGUGACAACCUCAAACGGCAGGCUAAUAUACUUUCGUACGAAUACAACUUGUCCAAGUUGCGCGCCGGAGAUGAAGCUGAACAUAGCAGAAUUGUAUUGGCGGAGCAGCUUAUAUCAGAUAUGAUACACAAGGAUCCACAGUCGCGACCGCCGGCCCGCUGCAUUGGUAAUCACCCUCUCUUCUGGGAUGAGCCGAAAAUGCUCAGCUUUUUGCAGGAUGUUAGUGAUCGUGUGGAGAAGCUGCAAUUUCAUACCGAGCCACUCAAAUCAUUGGAGAAGAAUGGACGUAUAGUUGUUCUUGACGAUUGGAACUUGCAUUUAGAUCCAUUGAUUACAGAUGAUUUGAGAAAAUAUCGCGGAUAUAUGGGCGCCAGUGUGCGCGACUUAUUGCGCGCGUUGCGUAAUAAAAAGCAUCACUACCACGAGCUAACGCUUGAGGCACAGGAGCUGCUUGGCUGUAUACCACACGAGUUCACUAACUACUGGGUGGAACGCUUUCCGCAGCUCAUCUCGCAUGCUUAUCAUGCAUUCAGUAUUUGCUCGAACGAGCCCAUCUUCAAGCCCUACUACAGCGUCGGUUACCACUUUUCGCGUCCUUGGUACUUUGAUGCUGAUGAUGCACUGUUUCCCAUGCUAAUGCGUGAUCCCAAACCGUUGCCGAAAAUGAGCAGUCCAAAAAAAACGCCGCCGGCGCCGCCGCAGUUAUCACUGAUCCAGUUGCAGCAGCAGCAAAAGGUUAAGCAACGCAAGGGUGCUUACAACUUUCGUAAAGUUCCAAAUGAGGAACUGAUGCCCGGCGUGGGGCUGCAACGGAAUAUAGAGCCGGAUACGCAGGCACUCGAUGCUGAUAUGGCCAAACGCGAUGUUUUUGCCAAUUUUCAGUUUAGACGUCCCAAGCCGACUAAUCGAAAUUAUGCAGCGGGUGCCAAGGAGCAGGAGAAGGAUAAGUUCGUUAGCUGGACACUGCCGUCGACUACGACGGAUUAGAAUUGAAACUAUAGAUACUUUACUAGUUGAACUUUUAUUAUAAUUAGUAAUAUUAUUUUAAUUAUAAUUAGUAGUAACUAUUUUAAAUUAAUUGUGCAAUUCUUUUAUGCGACUAUUCCAAAAUAAUUCCCCGAUUUCAUUUUAGAUUUUU